AUGACGAAGGCAGUUCAGCAACGAAACGACGAAAGAUUGAAACCGAUGGAAAUGAAGAAGCAAAAAAUCACCAAUAAUCCGUCCGAGUCGGUUAACGAGAAAGUACUUGAGAUAUGUCAAAAGUUGUUGGAGAAACAGGAAAAUCUCGAAAAAUCUAAUGUGGAAAUUGUCGAAAAGCUGAGAUUAUCCGAUGAGAGAAUUGAGAAACUUGUCAACAAAUUUGAAGAAGAAAUCAAGAAAAUAUCACGAAACCUUGAAGAAGACACUGUCGAUGAGAAACUGACUGAAGAGACGACAAACUGCCUCGCGAAUUCAGUCAUUCCAUCAGAGAUUUCUCAUGAAAAAUCGUCUCAGAUAUUUCCAAUGACUGGAAAGUGUUUUGUGCUGAAACAUGUAUUCACGGAUGUUCAGAAGAUGGAGGAAGAAGAAAGAUAUUUUGGAAAAGAAGAAGAGCAUUUUGGAGUGAAAUGGAAAAUCUAUCUUCGGAAACGAGGUGACCAACUUGGACUAUAUUUCCAAUGUUUGAAGUCAUUGAAGGACGAGAAAUGGUUGAUUUUAUCAGAUGCUCAUUUCAAACUUAUUUCAACAAACGGAAAAUGUUAUUCUCAGUUACGAAGUAGUUUCCAUGGAAACGCGAAUGGGAACAGCCAAUUUAUUGGGUAUGGUGCGAAAAAUGUUAUUGAAUGGAAUAAAAUGAAAGAAGAUUUUCUCGAAGAUGGCAAGCUGGCCGUUGAGAUUCAUGUGAAAAUCAAGGAAAUGACCGGAAUCUAUAAGAAUGACUUGAAGAGCUUCGGCGAUGAAAUGAAAUCAUUUUCUGAUGUUGUUCUUGUUGUCAAUGAGAAAAAGUUCCACACAUUGAAAUUGUACCUCGCUGGACAUUCUCCAUAUUUCAAUUCACUUUUGAUGGGACAUUUCCAAGAGUCAAAGAAACCUGAAAUCAAAUUGACUGGAAUCGAUGCGGAUGAUUUUCAGAACUAUCUUGAAGUACUUUAUGGAGAACAAGCGAUUGAUGAAUACACUCUCGAGGGAAUCCUCAUGGUCGCUGACAUGUACGAUACCCCUCUCGUCCAUCGGAAAUGCGAAGAGUUUCUUCUCAAACAAUCGAAAAAGACGUUAAAGAAGAAGUUACAAAUGUCUAUUCGGUAUAAUUUGGAUGCUUUGAAGAAACAAUGUAUGAGUGAAAUCAAAUCGAUUGAUGAUAUACAAUCUGUUAUCCCAGGAAAUAUUCACGACAUGGAUCCAUCGGUAACGACGGAACUUCUUCAGAAGUGUCUCGCUCUUUGUUAA